AUGAAUGCAAAUUGUAGCCCUUGUUCAAAUUGUAACUAAUUAAUUGAAGAGACUAAAUUGGUUCUUCAUGAAACCUAUUGCAUACGAUUCAAUAUUAAAUGCGAUAGAUGUGGGUAAUAUUAUGACAAAAAUGAUCCUGAAUCUCAUGAAGAAGAUUACCAUAAAAAAGAAAAAUGCUAGUAUUGUUACGUAGAUUUUGAUGAUUUAUCUAAACAUAAAUGCCAAAAAACACCUCAAUUAUGUUUGUAUUGUGAACUCAGUUAUCCAUUGGAUUAGAUUUAUCAACACGAGAAUCAGUGUGGAAGCAGAACUGAAAAAUGCCAGAUGUGUUAGAAUUACGUUAUGAAGAGGGAUUUGAAUGCCCAUAAUCAGAAAUGCAGUUAAGAGACACAACUAAGAGAGAAACAAAUUUAAAGGCCGUCGUCUAUUUAAGAAAAACGAUAAAUUCCAAAUGAGGAGAUUAAUAAGGUGUAUCAACAACAAAAGAGUUAAUAGAAAUAAUCAAAUAUCGAUGCAUUAUCAUAAUAGGUUAAAACAAAAAAAUAAGUUCCUUAACAAUAGUAAUAAUAAUAAGUAGGCAAAAUACAAUCGAAAGAGAUAAGUUUUGGGUCAAUUCAAAAAUAAACAUCUUUACAGCAUUAAGUAUCUCAGGAUAAUAAACAAAAAGAGUAAAUUGAAUUUGAUAAAUACUUUAAGUAUUAACCAAUUAGACCUCCGUCUUCAAAUUCCUUAUUAAAAUAAAGACCAAGUCUUAAUAAUAACAAACCAUCUAUAUCUUAAAAUAGAAUAAGACAACAGAGUAAUUAAAAGCAAGUGAAUCCAAAAGGAGAAGUGAAUAAUCUUUUAGCAAGCAAGUCCAAGAAUUCAAAUUUGCCUCCGAUUGGAAGAUAAAUAUAGAAUCCAAAAAGAAAUCCCGAAGCUAAAAAUAGCAAUCAAGAUGUGAGAACAAAAAGUCUUUAAUCAAGGUAACAAGUUAAAAGGAGUGUCUAAAACUGUGCAGAGAAAAAGGAGUAAAUUGAAAUCGAAGGGUUGAGGUUUUCAGAGGAAGAGUUAAUGCAAUAAAAAAUGAUCUUGGAUCAACUGAAGUAAUAGAAAAGGGAUUCCAAUUUUAAAGAAUAACCUCUUGUCAAUAGAUAAAAUUAAAAUUCUAAGGCAAAGGCAUCUAUAGACCAUUCAGAGUUUGGAGACUAAGGGGAUUUUGAUUAGUUUAUGAGUCCAGAGGAACGGGCUAUGCAAUAAUUCAUAUUGGAGAACUAUUAAUUGAAUUCGAAAAAAUAAUGA